CAGCACUUUGGGAGGCCAAGGCGGGCGGAUCACAAAGUCAGGAGAUCGAGACCAGCCUGGCUAACAUGGUGAAACCCUGUCUCUACUAAAAAUACAAAAUAUUAGCCAGGCGUGGUGGCGCACGCCUGUAGUCCCAGUACUCAGGAGGCUGAGAAAGGAGAAUCGCUUGAACCCGGGAGGCGGAGGUUGCAGUGAGCCGAGAUUGCACCACUGCACUCCAGCCCGGGCGACAGAGCGGGACUCUGUCUCAAAAAAAAAAAAACAAAUGCAUAGUAUUCUAUGGAAUAUUUUUACCACAUUUUCUUUAUCCAGCCAACUGUGUUCUAUUAUUUUUUUCCAUUUCUGCCAGCUAAGUAUUCCUCAUUUUCCUAUCAACAGAAUCAAAAGCACCUAGAAUUUCAGGAUUUUAAGGAAUCAGACUAAUCAGAAUGCCAUCUAGUACUUCAAUCUGUGUUUAACAUCUUGGUCAAAUGGUUCAGAUGGAGAACCUGAAACUCAAAGAGAUCAAGGGGAUUUAUUUGGAUAUGAUAUUUGAAGUCAUUUCAGAGCCCAGUACUCUUCCUUCUUUAUCAUCCUACAGGUUAAUAUUUUAAUAAUAGAAAGGGUGAGUGGAUCUAGUGAACCCAGUGGAAGAGGAAAGAAUGGAAUUAGCAGAGGAAGGCCAGGUUUGAAAAGAAACAGCACUGGGUUGGAUAGGAACUGGGCUUUUGGAAAAGAGAUCAGAAUAUUGGGGUUUCUGACAAGUUCAAUAAUGAUAAAUUACUGGAAUGAAGGAUACAGGAUGUUUGGAAUUAUCUAGAAAGGCAUAUUAAAAUAGGGGGUUCAGGGGAGUCCUGAACAGGUUGUUGCUUUUUUGUAUAAUUGGAGGAACUGACAAACUCUCAGGGUUUCUACUGAAAAAUGUUAAAAUAAUUUGAGCCACUGGGAAGAGUCUCUACAGCCAAUAGGAAUGUGCUAUAACUACUUCUGCCUCAACUUAUCGGUGGCUUUGAGCCCCUUAAGUACUUUGGAGCUGGAGGCUGCUGAACUACAUAGAUCUGUGGCCCAGGGCACACCUCUGCCUCUUUUCCCAAUUAUCCGAUGUCCUUCUCAUGGACAUGUAGGGUAGGGCAGGGGUAGGAUUAGUUGGCAAGUCAGUCAUGGAGCAACCCAAAUCAUGGAGUUGGGUAGUUGUUAACAUGCCUGUGCUGCUGGCAGAUGACGGAGACUCCAUUUAGCUUGUUUUCCAGGAGCAGAGAAAUAGAGAGCUCCUACUCUUGGGCAUUUGAGACCAUCGUUUCAGGAAUUUGUGCUUUCAUAGGCUGAAGACUUAAAAGUUGGAGAUGCUAUGCAGCCCUGCAGAAGAGGGAUCUGUAAGUGGGAGCUUAUAGGAAGGAAGGUGUUUAGAUAGUACUUAGGGAAAUACAGGUACAACUACCAGGACUCUUUCUCCAGCAUUCUUUCUCUUUAGGUAUCUGAGUGCCUGUAAAGAUUUUUAAGGGCUUGCUAGUUUAAGGCAGGACCUCGAUAGGGAAAAUAAUUGGAUUUUAUAACUUUUAAUGUUUUAAUAUUUCUGGGGUGAGUAGUCCCAAUAACAGCAUAUACAUUUGUGUUUUGACUUUUGCCCAUCUAGCUUUCAAACAUUUCAUACAUUUCAGGGGACUCCUUAUACUGUUUUAGGGUGAAGGGAAGCAAUGAGGCCUUAAGUGGUUUUCAUGUUGAAGAACCAAGACUGCCAUUUUUGAGUGACACAGAUUAGUCUUUGAAACGGAGAUAGAUAGUAGAGAAGGGACAGUGUAUCUUUCUACCUUGUUUUAUGUAUUAUUUAUUUUUUUUAUUUUUUAUUUUUUUUGAGACAAAGUCUUGCACUGUUGCCCAGGCUGGAGUGCUACAGUACAAUCUCAGCUCUCUGCAACCUCUGCUUCCUGGGUUCACACAAUUCUCCUGCCUCCACCUCCCAAGUAGCUGGGACCACAGGCUUUCUGGCAAACCAGGUGUUGAUGAUUCGUGGCCUACCUCAGAUGAUGAAGACCUCAAUUUUGAUACCAAGAAUGUCCCAAAACCAAGCUUAGCAAAGCUAAUGACUGCUUCUCAGCAAUCCAGGAAAAAUUUAGAAGCAACAUAUGGCAUUGUGAGAACAGGAAAUAGAACUUUGUUUGAGGAUGGAGAUUCCGAUAGUCAAGAUGAAAUUGUGGUUGAAAGCCUUCCUACAACAUCAGUCAAAGUCCGGGACUUUUCUCAUCCUACCAAUCAAUCACCUGACCUUCUUCCAAAACUUUCCCAUAAGUCAUUAGCAAACCCUGGUCUUAUAAAGGAAGAACCAACAAAGCCAGGCAUUGGAAAAAAAGAAAAUGGUAUUGAUAUUGUUGAAAGUGCUCCACUAGAGCAAACAGAUAAUGACAAUUUGACUUACGUUGAUGAAGUGCACAAAAAUAAUAGGAGUGAUAUGAUGUCCGCAUUAGGAUUAGGACAAGAGGAAGAUAUAGAAUCACCUUGGGAUUCUGAGAGUAUCUCUGAGAAUCUUCCAGAGAAGUAUGUUGAUCCUUUAGCUGGGGCUGCAGAUGGAAAAGAAAAAAAUAUAGGAAAUGAACAAGCAGAAGAUGUGUUUUAUAUACCUUCUUGCAUGAGUGGAUCAAGAAACUUUAAGAUGGCUAAACUAGAGGAUACAAGAAAUGUAGGCAUGCCAGUAGCCCACAUGGAGUCUCCUGAGAGAUAUCUUCACUUGAAGCCUACCAUUGAAAUGAAAGAUUCUGUUCCAAAUAAAGCAGGAGGAAAGAAGGAUGUACAAACAUCCAAAGCAGGUGAACAUGACUUAGAAGUAGCAUCAGAAGAACAGCAAGAAACGGAAGGAAGUGAAAAUAACCAGCCACAGGUUGAAGAAGAAAGGAAAAAACACAGAAAUAAUGAAAUGGAAGUAUCAGCAAACAUACAUGAUGGUGCUACUGAUGAUGCUGAAGAUGAUGAUGAUGAUGAUGAUGAUGAUGGAUUAAUUCAAAAAAGAAAGAGUGGAGAAACUGAUCAUCAGCAAUUUCCCAGGAAGGAAAAUAAAGAGUAUGCUAGUAGUGGUCCUGCCUUGCAAAUGAAGAAAGUAAAGAGAACUGAAAAAGAAAAACAGACCUCAAAAGAAUCUGUGAAUUCACCAGUGUUUGAGAAGGCCUGUUUACUAACUGGUGGCCUGCUGCAAGUGGAUGAUGACAGCAGUUUAAGUGAAAUAGAUGAGGAUGAAGGAAGGCCUACUAAGAAAACAUCUAAUGAAAAGAACAAGGUCAAAAACCAAAUACAGUCUAUGGAUGAUGUUGAUGACUUAACUCAGUCAUCUGAAACAGCCUCAGAGGAUUGUGAGCUGCCCCACUCUAGUUACAAGAAUUUUAUGUUGCUCAUUGAACAACUUGGAAUGGAGUGUAAAGAUUCUGUUAGCCUAUUGAAAAUCCAGGAUGCAGCUCUUUCAUGUGAAAGAUUAUUAGAACUUAAAAAAAAUCACUGUGAAGUACUUACAGUAAAAAUUAAAAAAAUGGAAGAUAAGGUUAAUGUACUACAAAGGGAGCUAUCUGAAACAAAAGAAAUAAAAUCACAGUUAGAGCAUCAAAAAGUUGAAUGGGAACGAGAACUGUGCUCUUUGAGAUUUAGCUUAAACCAAGAAGAAGAGAAGAGAAGAAAUGCUGAUAUGUUGUAUGAAAAAAUUAGGGAACAGUUAAGAAGGAAAGAAGAGCAAUAUAGGAAAGAAGUUGAAGUGAAACAACAGCUUGAACUGAGUCUCCAAACACUGGAGAUGGAAUUGAGGACUGUAAAAAGUAAUUUGAAUCAGGUCGUUCAAGAGCGAAAUGACGCUCAGAGGCAACUUUCUCGAGAACAGAAUGCCAGAAUGUUACAAGAUGGAAUUCUGACCAAUCACCUUUCCAAACAAAAGGAGAUUGAAAUGGCUCAAAAGAAAAUGAAUUCUGAGAAUUCUCAUAGUCACGAAGAAGAAAAAGACCUAUUGCAUAAAAAUAGCAUGUUGCAGGAAGAAAUUGCUAUGCUAAGACUAGAAAUAGACACAAUAAAAAAUCAAAACCAGGAAAAAGAAAAGAAAUGUUUUGAGGACCUUGAAAUUGUAAAAGAAAAGAAUGAAGACCUUCAGAAGGCUAUAAAACAGAAUGAGGAAACAUUAACACAAACAAUAUCCCAGUAUAAUGGACGGCUUAGUGUUCUGACAGCUGAGAAUGCAAUGCUAAAUUCUAAACUGGAGAAUGAAAAGCAAAGCAAGGAAAGACUGGAAGCAGAAGUUGAAUCAUACCGUUCUAGACUGGCUGCUGCUAUAUAUGAUCGUGAUCAAAGUGAGACAUCAAAAAGAGACCUAGAACUUGCUUUCCAGAGAGCAAGAGAUGAGUGUUCUCGUUUACAGGACAAAAUGAAUUUUGAUGUGUCUAACCUAAAAGAUAACAAUGAGAUUCUUUCUCAACAACUAUUUAAAACUGAAAGUAAACUCAAUAGCCUAGAAAUUGAGCUCCAUCACACGAGAGAUGCCCUCAGAGAAAAGACUUUGGGUUUAGAACGGGUACAAAAGGACCUAAGCCAAACACAGUGUCAGAUGAAGGAAAUGGAACAAAAGUAUCAAAAUGAACAAGUUAAAGUGAAUAAAUACAUUGGAAAGCAGGAGUCUGUAGAGGAGAGAUUGUCGCAACUACAAAGUGAGAAUAUGUUGCUUCGACAACAACUGGAUGAUGCCCACAACAAGGCUGACAAUAAAGAGAAGACAGUGAUUAAUAUCCAAGACCAGUUUCAUGCUAUUGUGCAAAAACUUCAAGCUGAGAGCGAAAAGCAAAGUCUUCUGCUAGAAGAAAGAAAUAAGGAGUUAAUCAGUGAAUGUAAUCACUUAAAAGAAAGACAGUAUCAAUAUGAAAAUGAAAAGGCAGAAAGAGAAGUUGUUGUGAGACAACUUCAACAAGAACUAGCUGAUACCUUAAAAAAACAAUCUAUGUCAGAGGCUUCACUGGAGGUUACAUCACGUUAUCGUAUUAAUUUAGAAGAUGAGACGCAGGAUUUAAAGAAGAAAUUAGGUCAAAUCAGAAAUCAAUUGCAAGAAGCACAGGAUCGACAUACAGAAGCUGUCAGAUGUGCUGAGAAGAUGCAAGAUCACAAGCAAAAGCUUGAAAAAGAUAAUGCCAAGUUAAAAGUUACAAUCAAAAAGCAAAUGGACAAAAUUGAGGAGCUUCAGAAAAACCUGUUAAAUGCAAAUUUGUCUGAAGAUGAAAAGGAACAAUUAAAGAAACUUAUGGAAUUAAAACAGUCACUGGAAUGUAAUUUGGAUCAAGAAAUGAAGAAAAAUGUUGAAUUAGAAAGAGAGAUAACUGGAUUUAAGAACCUCUUAAAAAUGACAAGAAAGAAGUUAAAUGAAUAUGAAAAUGGAGAAUUUAGUUUCCAUGGAGAUUUAAAAACUAGUCAAUUUGAAAUGGAUAUUCAGAUUAAUAAGCUAAAACAUAAGAUUGAUGAUCUUACAGCAGAACUGGAGACUGCAGGUUCAAAAUGUCUACAUCUGGAUACAAAGAAUCAAGUUCUUCAACAGGAGUUGUUAUCUAUGAAAACAAUACAAAAGAAAUGUGAAAAACUGCAGAAGAAUAAAAAGAAGUUGGAACAGGAAGUGAUCAACCUGAGAAGUCAUAUAGAAAGGAAUAUGGUAGAACGUGGUCAAGUCAAACAGUAUAAACAGGAGAUUGAAGAAAGAGCAAGACAGGAAAUAGAAGAAAAAUUAAAAGAAGUCAAUCUAUUUUUACAGGCACAAGCAGCAUCUCAAGAAAACUUAGAGCAGUUAAGAGAGAAUAAUUUUGCUUCAAUGAAAAGUCAGAUGGAACUUAGAAUUAAAGAUCUGGAAUCUGAACUCUCCAAAAUAAAAACUUCUCAAGAAGACUUUAAUAAAACCGAACUGGAAAAAUAUAAGCAACUCUAUCUAGAAGAAUUAAAAGUUAGAAAAUCUUUGUCAAGUAAACUCAACAAAACUAAUGAGAGGCUAGCAGAGGUCAACACCAAACUUCUUGUGGAAAAACAGCAGAGCAGAUCUUUGUUCACCACUCUCACUACCAGGCCAGUCAUGGAGCCACCUUGUGUUGGAAAUCUUAAUAAUAGUUUAGAUCUCAACAGAAAACUUAUUCCAAGAGAAAACUUAGUGAUCUCUACCUCAAAUCCACGGGCUUCAAAUAAUAGCAUGGAGAACUACUUGAGCAAGAUGCAGCAGGAGUUGGAAAAAAAUAUAACUAGAGAACUCGAAGAAGCUGCUGCUGAAUUGGAAUCUGGAUCAAUAGCUUCCCCUCUAGGAUCUACUGAUGAGUCAAAUCUAAAUCAAGAUCUAGUUUGGAAAGCAUCAAGAGAAUAUGUACAGGGACCUUCUGAUGAAACCCCUCGUGACUAUGUUCUGAUGACUGACCAACGGCUCACUUCCAGGACAGACUUGCAAUAGACGCCACUGGAUAAUGCUGAGAUAGACUGGAAUAAGCCUUUCAAGUAAUGUGGGACCUGAACAUCCUGGCGACAAGGGACAAGCUCAAAAAAGAAAAAAGAAAAAACCUGAAACCAGAGACUCAUUUCCCUCUAAAAUUCUUUUUCCAUAAGAUUUUAAAGAAAAAAUGGGAGGAAAAUGUAAGAGGAAAAGAAAUCUUGGGACCUCAAACUCAUAAAGCCAAAAGAAAAAUAAAGCGAAGAAUUGGGUCAGGCAAUCCUGCCUCCCAUUUGCUUCCUAAAUGAGAUGGCUGCAAAGAUAAAAAAGGUACAUACCUCCCUCACAAUUUGUCCGCAAGGAGAUUCUUUUGUGGGCCCCAAGAUCUUUACCCUAAAACAGUUAUGUGGAAUUUCACUCUGGCAAUGCAAAUUGAUAGCUUAUCUUCGCAGGUGCAGGACAAAGGACAGAACUCAAAGUCAUCCCUCUGCUGACCUGAGACAAAUGCGUAUCUGAGUGCUUCCUCCGCCCUAUUGUCUAUGUCAUUUUAUGUUAAAAUGCAUAAAGUACUGAUGCCUUCAGCAAGCCAGAUGAAGUCAUGAGUGUCUAUUUCCUCUACCUCCCUCACACAUGAAAAUUGUGUAUUCAGUGAAAGGCUGAUCAAAGGCUCAAAAGGAUGCAACCAUUUUGUCUUUUUAUCUACUGAGACACGUUUUAACAAUAUUUCUUUGGCUCACACCCGUAAUCCCAGCACUUUGGGAGGGCGAGGCAGGUGGAUCACCUGAGGUCGGGAGUUUGAGACCAGCCUGACCAAAAAGGAGACCUUCGUCUUUACUAAAAAUACAAAAUUAGCUGGGCAUGGUGGUGCAUGCCUGUAAUCUCAGCUACUCGGGAGGCUAAGGCAGGAGAAUCACUUGAACCUGGGAGGCAGAGGUUGCAGUUGCAGUGAGCCGAGAUUGUGCCAUUGCACUCCAGCCUGGGCAACAAGAGUGAAACUCCCUCUCAAAAAAAAAAAAAAAAAAAUUCCCUUCCUUCAAUAUCCACCCUUUCCCUUUUAAAUAUUGAAGCCCUCAGAAUCAUCUUUGGAGAAAAGCAUAGACCUGUCUCCUGGGCACGCAUCCUUAAUUUUGGCAAAUAAACCUACAAUGACCGAGAGUUGCCGUAGUCAUUUUCUUUUAUUUACAUCUAGCAACUACGAA